CCUUGUACUUCCACCAUGCAUACGUACACCACUAGUUAGUCCUUUGGCGCCGAAUUGUAAUCGCGUCUGUAUUGAGCCGCAAAUUUUAAAAACUGUCAAAAUGAUUAUCCCUGUACGGUGCUUCACUUGCGGAAAAGUGAUUGGCAACAAAUGGGAGGCUUACCUGGGACUUCUUCAGGCGGAAUAUACUGAAGGAGAUGCCUUGGACGCUUUGGGCUUGAAGAGGUACUGCUGCCGUAGAAUGCUGCUUGGGCACGUGGAUCUUAUUGAGAAACUACUUAAUUAUGCUCCACUAGAAAAAUAACUCUUCCGAUCUUUACCAAUGGAUUCGUAUGUCGAUAUAUUAUAAAAUAUCAAAUUUAUCUAAGAAAUCCAUGUUUUAGUAUAAAUUUUAAUGUUCUUAAUAUUUUUGUAAUUAAUAUAAUUUAAAGAAAGAAAUGCUUUAUCUUUAUACCAACAAAUCAAUUAUUAUUUCUUUUAAAAAUCUUUCAGUGACGAUAUGAUUAAGUUAUGACAACAAUAUUAAUGUUUUGCAUGAAAUAAAUAAAGGAAAUUAAAUUAA